CAAAUCAAGAGGAAUAGUAAAGAUUGACUGCCACACUAUUGUAGCUACAGUAGCUAGCUAAACAAAUAAAAUACCUCGUUUCCUUGGUAUUGCAUAAUCUCCGAUUAGCAGAUUACUUGUAAACAAAUCAACAUGACAAAAGAGUUCGAGGAUUUUGAGAGUUUCUUGAAGAAUGUUGAUGAAAUAAGCGACCUGGUCAAGGAUCUGAGCUCCUCUGAUGUAACGUCUCAGCAGAGAGCUGUGGAAAAGGCUGAUUGCUACAUAAGUACCUUGAAGGAGAAGGAGGAACCAUGCAAAACCCUCCUCAACAGGACAGUGAUAAACACCAAUCCCUCACAACAGGCAUCUGCACCGACGGGUUCACAAAAUGAUCCCAGUUCAAGUGCAGAUCAUUUCAUGAAAAUGAUGGAAAGCGAUGCAGAGGACAGACAUAAAAGGAGACAAAGGAGACAGGAAAAGGCAAACGCCCUUAAAGACAAGGGGAAUGAAGCAUACGCCCAGGGAGAAUACGAGACUGCUGUGAAGCAUUAUAGCGACGGUUUAGACGAGCGACGAGACAUGCAGCCGCUGUAUACCAACAGAGCACAAUCCUAUAUCAAACUGGAGAAAUAUAAGGAGGCCAUAAGUGACUGUGAGUGGGCUCUAAAGUGUAAUGACAAGUGUGUUAAAGCAUAUCUUCACAUGGGGAAAGCACACCUGGCACUCAAGAAUUAUAACGAGUCACGAAUGUGCUAUCAAAAGAUACUGGAAAUUGAGCCAGGACGGGAAAAGAUGCUCAAAGAGUAUCUGACCCAAGUGGAUUUGGAGGAAGAAAGAGAAUGCCAGGAAAGCAACGCGUGGGAGGAGUUUGAUAAGGGAGAAGAAAAGGCCACGACAGUGCUCCAACUGUUGAAAAAGCUGGAGAGACCCGAUCAGUUCCCGUUAUACUACUGCGCAGGGCUCAAGCUUCUGUCGCACGCCAUUACAGACUGCACUGGCCAGACGCUGUUCCGAUUAAACAAUGGCUUCAGUAUCAUCCAAACCAAUGACACCGUAAGAAGUUGCCUGUUGCAGAAAUCGACAGCGCCAUGCGCAGAGGAGCUAUGCGUGUCCGUACUGAAAUUGUGGAGGGUGAUUUGCGAUGGAAAUGAUGAAAACCAAAAGAUGCUGAUGAGAUGCCCAGCCUCCAAAGAGUACAUUGUUGACUUAUUAGUAUCAGGAAUGGCGGCGGUGCGGAAAGAAUGCCUGGCGUUUCUGUCUUUGUACUCCCAAACUCCACAUGGAAGAUGCUUGGCCAUUGAGAACCUGAAUUUGCACAUGUUGGUGGGAAACUUGAUGAUGUGCAUAUCCACACAGAGCCAGCUGGAAACCACAGCUCUAACUAUUUUGGAGAACUUUGCCACAGAAAACCAAUUUUGCUUGCAGUUAAGGGACAUGUUUACAACAUUGAUUGUGCCCCCUUUCACAAGUUUGCUGAGAAACAUCACCACAUUCAACCAGCAUUGUUUCCCAUCGCUCAUAUCAACAAUAGGCAAUAUGAUUGGAGAUGAUGCCAUCCAUAACGAGGUUGCCAACUGUCAGGAGUUUUGGCAGGCCUUUCUAAUCGCCAUGAAGUGGUGUACUCACUGUGAAUACAGAGAGAUCCUUUAUCCCCUCCUGGGACUGAUGAUCAACCUCUCUGGUAAUCCCUCCACAGCCAUCCAGGAGCAUGCUGUUCCCAUCAGUGGAGUAUGCUUGGGCUUGCUGAGUGAUCCCGACGGGGGCAUCAUCACAAGAGCCACAGGUUUGCUGAGUAAAGUGCUCCCACAGUCCCCCGCUGCUACUGAAGACGCCGUGCAGAGAGGAGUCGUGGGGACAAUGCGGAGGCUACUGAAAGGAUCAGGGAAGACCACCACUAAAUAUUUGAUCAAGACCCUCACAGUGUGCACGGCUAUCAGUCAAACGGCUCAGGAGGAGUGGGUGAAAUGUGAUAAUCGACUUCACACCCUGAGGAGGCUCCUGGGUCCCAGCAGUGAGGAGGCAGUGGCAGGGAACGCUGCCCUGUGCCUGGGCCACUGCCUGGGGGUGCGGGGGGCAGCCAGUAGCCUCCUGGGAACCGACACUGUCCUGCUCCUGCUCCGCCUUGCUGCGGGCGACGCCAAGAGAAGUGCUGUGCAGCAAAAUUCUGCCAUCGCUCUGGGGAAGCUGUGUAAAGCAGAGCCCAGGCAUAUGGCAAAACUCAGAGAACUUCACGGAUUGGAGAUACUCCACUCCUGUAUGAAGCUGAUCACAUGAGUCUCUCCAACCGACCCCAAAAAAGUCUCCCAGUCUUUUUAUAUCCCUAUCUUGUGCGUGAAAACAAAGUUCACAUAUGCCAUUUGGAAAUGACACCUUUCAUUCAGCAUAUCACACUUAACAUAUCCCGAGGCAGACUUUUUUUUAAGUAGCUGUUUCUUAAGCCUUUUUAAAUUUUUUAUUGUAGCACGGUUUUAUAUUCCCAUGUACCCCCCUGUGUUCUGUUGUGUAUUAUGACAGGUUGCCCAAGGACAAUGUAGCUAAGAUUCACACAGGGUUUUUAAUUUUCUGUUAUGAAACACUAACUAGUAAAUGAAAAAGUUCCUCCCUACCAGCUGGCGUAAUAUUUCAUAUGUAAAGUUGAACUUCAAACAGCGUUUAAGAUGUUCAGAUAGCUAAGCAGAGUGCACGCUAUUAAACAAAAAGUCAUUCUUUUUAAUUGGAUUUAGUUGUUCUUUGCAUUUUGUACACAAACAAGGUCAUAAACAUUAGAAAAGUGUUCAGUUACGCCAAGUUGGCUCGUUCACCCUCUGAAUGGCACACAUACUGUACACAAUCCAUGUCUCAAUUGUCUCCAGGCUUAAACAUCCUACUUUAACAUGUCUCCUCCCCUUCAUCUACACUGAUUGAAGUGGAUUGAACAGGUGACAUCAAUAAGGGAUCAUAGCUUUCACCUGUCUUGGAAAUAGCAGGUGUUCCUAAUGUUUUGUACACUCAGUGAACAUCACUCAGCCAUGUCCUAACAUACAGUGGGGUUCAAAAUGAUUGGCACCCUUGAUAAAGAGGAGCAGAAAAUACUUUAUAAAAUAAAUAAUACAAAUAUUGAGCUAUUUUGUAUUCUCAAUUUGAACACAUAUUGAGAAUAUUAUUUUACAGAAAUACAAUUGCCCAGAGAAAGAUUUAGUUUAACAUGUAAUAUUUUUAUUCUCAAACAGAUAGGGGAGAACAUUGUCACCGCUAAGUUUAGUAUUUCGUCAUUUUUAUUAUAAAUUGAGAAUAGAAUAUACUUCUAAACAUUAUUGUGGGAUGCUACCAUGAUAACGGAUAAUAUUGAAUGAAUUGUGAGUAAUGACGAUUGAGAAAGUUACAGAGGCACAAACAUCAUACACCCAAGUCAUGCUAACCUCUCACCUUUACCAAUAAUAGGGAGGUUAGUAUGUCUUGGCCGUAUUCAUUUUGUGCCUCUGUAACUUUAUAACUCAUCAAUGCCACAAUACAUUAUUUACCAUUCAUUUCUAUUGGGCACAAAAUUAUCUGAAACACAACCAAAACAAACUGCGAAUACAUCCAACAAGUUUGUAGUCACAAGCUUGAUGUAGUCAUUGCGUGCUAGGAAUACCCGACCGAGUACUAAACUUUUAACUACUUUGACAACAGGGGUGCCAAUUAUUUUGACCCUUAUGCUUUUGAGAGAAAAAAUAUUACUUGUUAAACAAACUGUCUUUAUCUGAGCAAUUGUAUUAGUGUAAAAUAAAAUACAAAUCCAAAAUG